UUCGGAAAGACCAAAAAGUUUGGCCAACUAAAACAUUCUGUCGCCAUGAUUCAAUUGGACUUUAACCAAAUGUUGAAAAAAUUGAAUCUAAUUCUUUUCCAUCGGAUAAAUUGCUCUACCUUGGCGUGAUUGGAGCAGGAGCAGCGGGACUUCAACGUUUUCAUUAUAUCUAUCAAAGACCCUACCCUUAUUUCUGACACGUUUUUCCUGUUUGUCUGUUGCAGAUGAAAAUGCUAAGAAAAUUGACGACUCCUAUGUAUAUAUCGAUAAUCAUGACCCUAAAGUACUCGAAUCAAUUGCAAUUGGCUUCCUCGCCUCAAUUGCUAUAAUGUCUUCAAAUGGGGGCUUCGAUGAAAUAAAGAAAGUGGGCGUGAUUGGAGCAGGAGCAGCAGGACUUGUAGCUGCAAAGGAACUCCAGAGGGAAGGAUUUGAGGUGGUCGUGUAUGAGCAGAAUGCAGAUGUGGGUGGCAUUUGGUUAUAUAAUCCAGAUAUUGAGGACGACCCACUUGGAUUGGAGAUAGUAGGGCCCAAUCAGGGGACAAUAUAUGAAUCACUCAGAACUAAUCUAACCAGAGAAGUCAUGGGUUACAUGGAUUACCCCUUUCUUGUCAAGGAGGGGAGGGACCCAAGAAGGUUCCCUGGUCACGAAGAAAUUUCAUUGUACCUCAAAGAUUUUGCAAGGCAUUUUAAUUUGGUUGAACUUAUUAGGUUUAAUACAAAAGUGGAGUAUGUUGGGAUGGUCGGUAAAUGCCAGGAAUGGGUUAUGAAUGGUGAAAGGGACUGUGAUAUGGAUGGGGAUCCAAUGGAUGAAAGAGUCCAGUGGGUUGUUAGAGCAACAAGCUCGGGUACUGUGGAAGAAGAAGUCUUUGAUGCAGUGGUUGUGUGCAAUGGUCACUAUAGGCAGCCCGCUAUUGCUGAAAUCCCAGGGGCACAAAAAUGGCCUGGAAAGCAAAUCCAUAGCUAUAGUUAUCGAGUUUCUGAACCAUUUUUCAACCAGGUUGUGGUUAUUAUUGGGAGUUCAUUAAGUGCAUGCGAUAUUUCUUUGGAUUUGAAGAUGGUGGCAAAGGAAGUACAUUUAUCUAUGCGAUCAAAAUACACCAAACCUGGACAACAUAUAUUCAUGGGCAUUGAUGUGCAUAAACUUGGUGUACAUGUUCAUCCUAUGAUAACACUUUUAGAUGAAAAUGGAACUAUGGUGUUUGAAGAUGGUUCCUCAAUUGUUGCUGAUUCAAUCAUCCAUUGUACAGGGUAUUCUUAUUCUUUUCCAUUUCUUGAUACAAAAGGAAUUGUCAAAGUUGAAGAUAAUUGUGUGCGUCCAUUAUAUGAGCAUAUAUUUCCUCCAUUAUUAGCUCCUUCUCUUUCAUUUGUUGGUAUACCCAAAAAGGUUAUACCUUUCCCUUUUUUCGAGCUACAAUCCAAGUGGAUAGCAAGCAUAUUAUCAAGGAAAGUGAAGCUUCCAUCAAGAAGGGAAAUGAGCAAAAAUGUGAAGGAAUUAUAUGAUUAUCAAGAGAUGAUUGGUAUAUCCAAGAGUACCUCCCAUACCAUUGGAAAUUUUCAGUAUUGUGACCAACUUGCAGCUCAAUCUGGUGCAACCCCUUUUGAGGAAUGGAGGAAAGAAAUUGCAAAGGCAGGGAUAAUUGAUAGUAUAUCUAAUCCAACAACAUAUCGAGACUUAUGGGAUGAUCAUUACUUGCUUGGAUUGUUGCAGAAAUCUCCAUAGCCAUGAAGAAUUGAUGAAUUUUUAUACAUGAAGAUUUUAUUUAUUAAGAUUAAAUUGUCUCUUUAAGAAUUAAAUUCCAAAUUUUAUUUUGAAAUUCUAUUCCUAAAUUUUGA